AUGUCGACCACGACUAACAAGGAGCAGCCAUACCUUCGUUGGGAGCUCAAUUUGGAAACUUUUUUGGAUCACUCCCCUGCAACUUUUCCCUUCACGCAUCCAAACGACAAUGUGUUGUACGACAAUGUCGAAACACUCGACAUUUUUAAUUGGAACGACGAUGUGAGAGCCGACCAGACAGCAUUACUUCCAACUGAGUUCAACCACUCAAAUGUUCCGAAUUGGAAUUAUAAUUCAACAGGCGACAUAGCAACCGCUUCCUUGGAUCCGUUCAUGAACUUCCAAAAUUUCACAUCAUUUGAGCCAAACACGUUCUCCUCAAGUGACGAUAGGUAUUUUCAGGGUCUUUGCGAUGGAAUCGAUAUGGGCAUCGAUUUUCACGGCCAAGAAAUGAAUUUCUUCGCGUCAGCACCGAAGACAACUACGGAACAACAAGACUUUAUUUCCGGAGAGGCUGAUACCAACACUACUCUUAUUGGGCAACAAGCUACGCCUCCAGCUCCCCUCAUUGGGUCCUUCGCGAAUAAUAUCGCCCCCGCCCCUCGUUUUGCUUGCAACUUCAUUGGUUGUGGUAAGACGUUUGGACGCCAAAGUGACUGCAAUCGUCACAUGAAGAAGCAUGAAGCUCCAGAGUACUCUUGCCACGCACCCGGAUGUGGCAGGGAAUUUUAUCGUCGUGACAAGAUGAUGGAUCACGCUCGACGAGUUCAUCAAUAG